AUGGAGACCAAAAGUCCAGAAAAUCCUGCGCAAGACUGCGCAGAACACAUCGAGCUUUCUGGCCACGCAACACAGCAUGAAGACCAUCAACAGACUAAGUGGCAGGCUAUUAAGGCCAAUCCGAGAAACAUCUUCUGGUGUCUGUACGGCGCCUGGGCUCUGAUCUGCAUUGGGUUCGAUUAUGAUGCAGGGACAAUCGUCCUUGGUAUAACCCAGUUUCGCAAGGACUUUGGGGUACUUCAACCCGAUGGAGGCUAUGUCAUCGAUGCCGGGUGGCAGUCGGCCUUCAGUGGUGGCGCCAAUGCCUCAGCUUGUAUUGCAGGCCUUGCCGCCGGGUUCAUCUCCGACCGUUUCGGCCGUAAACGGACCAUAAUGGGAGGGUUGGCAACGACCUUCGUCGGCGCCAGUCUCCAGCUUGCGUCUACCAAUGUCCAAGUAUUCUUUGCUGGGAAGGUGAUCAACGGGGUGGCGCUCGGCUUUCUUCUCACCACCGUGCUGACUUGGCUCUCUGAGGUGUCUCCGCUUGCCCUCCGAGGUGUGAUGACUGGAAUAUGCAAUCUUUCCUUCUGCCUUGGCCCUUUCACUUGUACUUGCAUCGAAAACGCCUUGGCGUCACGAACGGACCGCUGGGCUUACCGGGGUAUCUUUCUUGCUCAGUUGGGGUUCGGCUUCACCGCCUUUAUCAUUGUGCCUUUCAUUCCUGAGUCGCCAUGGUGGCUCGCCCAGCAUGGGAAAGACGAUGCCGCCAAGAGAGCACUGCAACGCCUCGGCCAUGGAGAAAUUUCCGCCGAAAAACAUCUGGCUGACAUUAGGUGCACCCAGGAAGCAGCAAAACAGGAGACAGAAGGAACAUCGUACUCAGAAUGCUUCAAAGGAACCAAUCUGCGUCGAACAAUCAUCGCCAUGAUGCCUCUCAGUAUCCAGUCUCUCUCAGGUGUACCAUGGAUUGCCAGUUACAGCACUUACUACUUCGAGCUUGCGGGUUUAUCAUCCCAGAGAGCGUGGGACAUCUCGGUUGGAGCUCAAGUUUUGAGCAUCGCGGGUAAUAUCGCGGCCUUUGUGCUCGUGGACCGUAUCGGUCGUCGCAAACUUCUGCUCUGGGGGUUUGGCUUCUUGGCUGCGCUUCUCAUGCUUACUGGUGGUCUGGGUACUAUGACCCACAAUCAUGGCGCAGUUUUGGGUACCAUCGGAUUGAUGAGUAUGUAUAACUUCAUCUUCAAUUCCGCGAUCGGGCCUGUUGCCUACAUAGUGGCUGCCGAGACGCCCACGGGUCGGUUGCGAAUCAAAACAAUCAGCCUGGGAUAUAUCGCAACCAACGCUAUUUCGACCAUGUGGCUGUUUGUAUUACCUUACAUUGUCAAUCCUAAUCAAGGGAAUCUGGGAGCCAAGACUGGAUUCAUCUUCGGUGCCACCAGUGUUCUCUGCUGGAUUUAUCUCUUCUUUUGCCAGACUGAAACGGCCGGCCGCAAUUUCGAAGAGAUUGAUGAACUGUUUCACAAAAAAGUCCCAGCCAGGCAAUUCCGCAAGUUCAAGACGGAUACCGAGAGGAAGGGCGAAGAGGCAGUCGUCGGAGGCAAGCUCACCGUGGCAGCUGAGUGA